AGAGAGAAAGAGAGAGAGAGAGAGAGAGAGGAGAGACUAAGCGCGUCCUGAGCUACGGAAUCGCGAGCGUCGCCGAAGGAUCGUCGACAGCGAGAUUCGCCGGACGUUUGUUAUCACAGCAUUUUCGUCGAUGCCGAAUCAACCGGUCGCGCAUCGAUUACGUUAAUCGUGGCGUCGAGUCGCGACACCGGUGGUGUGAAGUCUUGGAGCGCGGUCGGCCGGUAACCACGGUGCCGUGUGCAGGCGAGGACUCUGCUUCCCAGCGGGAUUAAAUGAUAUUUUCAAGGAGCCCAUCCACGUCUGCAAAGUAAGAUCGAAGAUUACCAUGUUGCCGCAACGAUUACGCUGGCUAUUGCCGGCACUGAUCGUAUCUUGGAUGCACCUGCAGUUGGCUGCGGCUUCGCCGGUUCACGAUGAACGGAGCUCGCACGUGUCCGCGAGCGCGUUCGGACCUAGCGUAGCCACUUCGACAAUGACACGCCAGGACUACAAUAAACGCAGGCAUCCUCCGGACGGCAAAAACGACACGCAGUCCGGCCACAAACUGGUCGCAUCCCCGGCCGGACUUUUGCGGCCCGACAAGUUUCAGUUUUAUACUUACAACGACAAGGGUGAUAUGAUUACGCGGCAGAUGACCGUUCAGGAAAUUCAAGGUCUCAUCGCCGCAGGUGGCGCGGAUCACGUCGCGAUGGACAGGCAAGAACCUCAAAAAGCCGACGACGUCCUCACCGGUGGCAAAAAGGUCAUGGAUGUAGUGCAGAAGGUACAGAACGUGUUGAAGAGCGCGCUCGACAAGCCGCCGAUCUUAACUGGCUCGGUGCCGAAGAUACCGGAGCACGCUAACGUCGAGUGGAGCAACAUCCUGCCUUCCAUCCUGUCCGGCGAGGCAGACGCGAUUUCCCCGAGCGGCAACGAGCCGCCGCGCAAGUCCACGACGGAGAGGACGGAAGCCGGAAGCGGCAUCACGGAAUACAUAUCGCCGGGCGGAAGCGUGUCGGCGGGCAUCAAGACGAACGCGACGUCGAGCAAUCCCGCGAAGCCGGCGGCGCAGUCGGACGUUCAGACGAGCGCUUACGGCGGCUUCGCCAACAACGUCGGGCACAACGAGAGACCUCAAUACAUCCAUUAUCCGCAGCAAACGCCGCCGGCCGGCGCGUUCUCGGAGAAACCGAUGAUUCCGGUUCCGGUCAUCACCCUAACGGAACAGAAACUGUCCACGUUGCAAUCCGCCGUUACCGAGAGUCCGGUCUUCCAGAUGCUAAGCGUGAUCCCGGUAGGGACCACCGAGAGUGCCCAUCAUCAGCAAGAUCAGACCGUGAACCCCACGGCGAAUGCCGCGUCUCAGACCGAGGUGGCGAGUCAGACCGAGCAUUUUGUGGAGUUGGCUCUGUCGAAGGUACCUGACACCUCGACGUCUUCGCAACCGCCGAGCUCGGCUGCGCAGCUCGUGAACACGCCGAACAGGCAGACUACCGCGGAUCAUGACGAUAAAGCGAGCGUGGGAGCCUCGACAGUCAUGUACCUGAUGACCACACCAGGCGUAUCGACGACCUCCUCCUCAGCUGUCGACAUCAAGCAGACUGCGGGCUACAAUGGGCCCGGUGAAGCAAUGACUAGCGAGGUUUCUUUUCCUUCUUCUUCUUCUUCUUCUUCUUCUUCUUCUUCUUCUUCUUCUUCUUCUUCUUCUUCUGCUUCUGCUUCUGCUUCUCCUCCCUCAAGCACAAAUUACGCUGUCGCGGAGACUAAGAACAAUACAAAGCCAUUCGUUUCGAAGCCCUCAUUUGCGCUUGGCGUUUCGAAAGAGCCUGAGGUGAACGGGACGCGCGAUGACGAGAAGAUAAUCUCGCAAACUAAUAUCGUCACCUCGCAGCCGCUUUCUCACGCAUCUGAGGCUCCGAAGCCCGAGGACACGCCGGACGAGACCGUGCUGCACUCGCACUCGCCGUCCACGUUCUCCGUCUCGAAAACUGAGACCUCCACCGUCCCGAACUCGCCAGAUACUGAUGGUCUCAAUACGAGUUUCUCCAGGGUCACUGAGAAGUCGCCCGUCAACUCGAUCACUCCGACAUACACGAAAGACCACCUUCGACCGACCGAGACCCAGUCUUCAGUCUCGAUGGAGCCGUUGCCCACGCAACUGAUCGACUCCUUCUCGAGUGUGAUGAGCCAGAUCUCAGAGGCGAAGCCACCGAUACUACCUCUGUCGUCCACGGGCCGGCUGCCAGAGUUGACGAUUGUGAACGUCAGCUAUGAUCAGAGGCACAAUGUGUCCGACGAUUCGAUCAAGGACUCGUUGAUCAACGCAGAUAUUCGAUACGACACGCUCACGAUGCCUCUCGGCAUCCACCAAGAGAAAGUUGAACAUGUCGGUUCACAACCGACUGUCCUCACGACCGUCGCCGCGAGACUUCCGCCGCUGAACAUUGUCACGCGGAUUCCCGGCUUCUCCACCGUUAAAUUUACUACUUCCACUCAACGACCCACAGCAAUGGCAACGGACAAAGUAUCGAUCAUGAAAGCCGGGAUGAACAAUGUUUCCUUGCGGCCUUCACACGCAGCUUCGAGCACGACCGAGGCGAUGGAGGGCGACGGAGUGGCGGCUAACAACAACGUAGCCGCGACGUCCUCUGCGAAUGUUAAAUCGACCGACACGACGACCUCGAGAUCAACGACCUCAAAGUCGACGACCUCUUCGCCGGUGUGGGUUCAGCUGGAGAAGAUUCAGAACGUCUCGCUGGAGAACCUGACUGAAAGUCCUGCGACUCUCGGGACCGUCACUGUCGCUGAUGCAAUUUUGCAGAAACACACCCCCGACGGAGCUUCUUCUCCUGAGGGAUUCUUCUCCUCACCUGUCACUUCUCCGACGCUCGACGCGACCAAGACGCAGUCGUCGACAAGCGCGUUCGUCGACAUGAGCACAUCCUUGAAGAGACCCACGCCGACCAAGGAGUACUUUGACUACACUCUCAUGAAUGUAAACUUGAGCGAUCCGGUGUCCGCGGUCGAUCAAGUAUUGAGUAUCGCACCGUUGCCGUCCAGCACUCCCACGGUGGAGCAGAUCAGUCUACCUGACGAUACAUCGAGUCUCACGGCUAGUGAGUUGGCCAGCGGGCUCAUCGCCGGAUUCGCGAGCAGCACGUCCGAAAGGUCGCCCAUCGAGGAACUUGGCGGUGGUCCGAUUGUUAAAAACGCAUCGAGUGCAAGUACAGCAAGACCGACCGUCUUAUCGGACCGUGUAACCAAGCCCGUAGGAACCACCCAGGGUGUCACUGAAACGCAUAAGCAAACCAUGGCGAUCAAUGUAACAGCUAAUCGCCAAGAAGCUGUUACGCAAACAUCGACGAGACCAACACUCGUGACGAGCCCGGUGAAAAGCAGCACGGCAGAAUCGAGUACGCUUACGAAAGAGCAGGGUCUGACUUGGAAUGACAAGAACAUCUCAACAACGAGGCCAGCAAAAUUGCCGAACGCCAACGAGAGGAUUGACGACUCUACAGAAGUACCCUCGUCAUUCUUGCUAGGCGACUCAGCGAGCACCGGUAGCUCGAAAGCCGACGUUGGACCGAGCACUGUCGGAGUCGUCACCGCGAGUCCCGAGCGGCUAUCGACGGCGAAUAUCGCCGUUCGCCCAUCUAACAAGAAUCAAACGCUGCCCCACGCGAGUUCUAAUCAGGACAAGAAGGACAACAGAGAGAAGGUGAAGACGACGGAAGCGCCAGUCGUAAGAACAGAUGUGGCUUCCGAAUCCUCGACUCCUGCGAAAGUCGCGUCGGUCGUGGCUGAUGGGGGCGAUACCAGAAAUAGAAACUCUUCGGUGCACAUAGGAGGUGGCUCGAAAGUGGAAACCUCAGGCGAGAAGAAUCAGUCCUUCGCGAGUGCCUCGUUGACGACGCAGCAGAGCAUCGUCGUUCACCAGAAUUUGUCCAGCCACGUGGCUGACUCCGUCAACGACACUAAAUCCGAGCUGCACGCCGGCUCAGCCGAGCACCGCAGCAACGUCACGGCAGACGCAGGAGCUGCGAAUAUUACGUUUAGCAGCGCGAAGCUGCCGGCUGGCAAUUCCAGCAGCAGCACGUUGGCGCAGAAUGCAAGUCGUGUCAGCAACGCGACGACUCCCGAGAAGAUGAAGGGCUCGACCACGCCGAUGGCGCCGUAUGCCACGACUAAAAAUCGCACAACCGUCACGUCUCGACCAUUACAAAGUACUAACAAGACCGAUCAUAAUGUUAAUUCUUCGACCGUCACUUCUUCGUCGGAUCACUCGGCGGUCCAAGAAGCUGUUCACACCGACCGCCCGAUUAUCAAGGUCGCCACGCAGUCGUCCUCGAGUGGCAACAUGGAGAGACCUUCUCGACCGAGUCUGGCUAAUGGCACGAAUUCGCCGAAGCCUGCCGACAAAACGUCAAGUCCAAGUGACAAAAAUAUGCCGCCGCAGCGCACGACGCAGAGCACACCGAUGGAGAAACCAGUCGCUUCUGAGUCACCGUCGAGGAACACGUCGACGUCGCAGAUGAAUGAGCAAUCGAACAAUACGGAGAGCAAGCCCGCGUCCUUGAAGCAUUCCGAGAACUCUGCGAAACCGGACGUGACGCGCCCGCCAUCACCGAUGUCGAACGGUCCGGCCCGCCCGGCCGUCCUGAAGCCCACGGUGAGUCACAAGCCCUUGGAGAAGUCCGACGUCUCGAAGACCGAAGCGAACGUGAACUCGGAGGAGAAAUGGACGCUGAUAUCGCAACAAGUCCCGCCAGCCGUGACGAAAUUGCCGAAGCCGUCGAAACCGCUGAAACCGCUGAGGAAGCCGCCGUUCAACCCGAACGAAAGCGACAACGUUCGUGCUCCGGGGGCUGACUCGCAGGCGCAUCAGCAGGACGAUCCUUCUCAGACGAUGCUUCCUCAAUCCGUGCUGCCGCUGGACGCGUCCCAGGGCGCGAGCGGCUUGGACGUCACCGUGAAGCACACGAGCGCUGAUAUCGUCAACUUCGCCAAGCUGUGCAACGAGUUGGCCUUCAACUUCUGGGUGUCCACCAACAAGGGCCUGAGCACCGCUCGGUCGUUGGCUCUGUCGCCAUUCGGCAUGACCAGUCUGUUGGCGAUGAUCUUCCUAGGCGCUCGCGGCCCGACGUCCGAUCAGAUGAACGAGGUGCUCGGCUUGGACGACGUGGCCACGUUCAACCCGCACCUGGUCUUCCAGAACAUCACGGACACGGUGAGCCUGGCCAGAGGCCAAGGCAUCGCCAAUGCCGCCUUCGUCCGUGAGCUGUUCGCUGAUAAGAUGAAGGUCAGGAAGCUGAUGCCCUUCUACAAGGAGCAGGCACAGCAGUUUUACGAGGGUCUCGUGGCUGAGGUGAACUUCGCCACCAUCAGCGACCUCGUGCGCAGGCGGACGAAUCUGUUGAUUAGAAAGCAGACCGGCGGUAGGAUCAAGGACUUUGUGAAGACGAACACGGUGCCGCUGAGGUCGCCUUUGGCGGCUCUCUCCGCCAAUGUGUUCCAGACUGACUGCAACACCAGCCUGACCAGUUCCGUCGGCAGAGACGGCGAAUUGUACUUCGCGGUCUCGCCAGCCGUCAGGCAGAGGAGACUCGUGCCGGUCCCGGCUACCACUUGGCGAUCAGGCGUCUUGGCUGGUUACGAGCCCAGUAUCGAUGCUACCGCGGUCGCCUUGGGGGGCAGCGACAGACUGGUCUCGACGAUCUUCGUGUUACCAGGCCAGCAAGGUCACACCGCACCUGGUGACACGUUGGAUCGCCUCGAGCAGCGUCUCGUCCGAAGCGCGUUCCGCGACGGCACCUGGAACAAGUUGCUCAAGGUCUUGAUACCCAGAAGCGGCUUGGAGCUCCAGGUGCCAAAGUUCAGUCAUCGAUCUGUCGUGAACGCCACCGCGGCCUUGAAGAGAAUGGGCCUCGACGAGCUGUUUUCAGGCAAUGCCGACUUCAAGGGUAUCAACGGCGUAGGCCACCGUCUCCACUUAGCCGAUGUGUUACAGAUGAACUUGUUCAGCACUUGCGGUGACGAGAAUAUCCUCAGCGGCCGACACCACGUGGAAACGUACCCAGGGAGCCCGUUGAGACGGCGAGUCGAGGACAUCGACGGCGGUCUCGGUCAUGUCACCGAGGACGACGUGUCAUCGUCGCAGGAGGAGCACACAAGCUCGCUCCACGCGGGCCGACUUCCCAGGGAGAAGAGGCAGAUCUCCACGACGUCGGAAAGACCGAGGUUGAAGCUCGACAGGCCCUUCUUGUACUUCGUCCGACACAAUCCUUCCGGCAUAAUACUGCACAUGGGACGCUUCAAUCCCCGAUUACUGCCUUAACUCAGAGGAAGUCUCACACGCGGGCAAAUCUUGUUACUGAAUGCCAUCGAUUCGAAUGUUUCCCGUUUCUUCUAUCUGACCUACCCUCUUACACGUAUCUAUGAAAAUUCAUCUCUCCAGUAAUAAUCGGUUAGGUAAUUCUGCUCAAACGGAUCUGUCUCUCUACACAGAUCAGCACAGAUCAGCAGUGCGCGAUCACACACGUGGCGCACGUGUCGCGGCCCGCUGAGCCCGUUUGAGCAGCGGAAGGUAUAGGAUGUAACGCUGUCUCGCGGCGAGUUUUAGAAAAUUUGUAUACAAUUCCGCUUAGAAUUAGGUGCUACGUAUUAGCUUUCUCCCGAUGUCAUUGCUUAGAGAUAAGGAAUCAGCGCGAUACCGUCCGUCCCGUGCUAAUUGCUAAUUAUAACGCGAAGCGAAUCCAUGACAUCGACAUCGUCGUAUUAUCUUAUGGUAUACACUAGGGAGUGGUAAAAUAAAUAACAGACUGAAAACGGGCGGGAAAAGAAAGCAGUGCGAAAGGGGAAGCGAGGGAGAAAGAAAGAGAAAGAUCUUAAUCGCGGUCCAAAUGAUCAUUAUUUCUUUUCACGCAAGAGCAAAAUAUAUAAACGACGAUUGAUGCGAUCAACCGCGGGCGAGUUAAACACGAGUUUGUAUCGAGUGUCGAUAAUCUAUUUGGACCCUGAUUGACAUUACGUAUCGACAGUUGUGAUAUGAAUGAGCAUGGAAUUUUUGUACAUUUCGUAGAAUUAUGUAAUCUUUGCUCGGAUACGCGCGUCAGCUGCCGCACAUGACGUCAAAUUGAAAAUCGUUGGCUAUGUAUCUCAGUCAAGUGUCGAAUUAAUGACGCGUUGAAUAAAUAUUACAUUCUCCUUCCACCUCUCGGUUUUCACAAGACGAUUUGAGUAUGUUGCGUUUGGGCAUUACAAUAUGUACAGUCGAUGGAUCGGAGAGAGGUUGCGACGCUUUUACCUGAGAAAGUCUCGCAACGCGUCCCGCAUCUAACAAGAAAGCAUGUCUGUUGAGAAUCAUCGAGAAGAAAAUUCUCCCGUUCGAUAUUGAGUUCGCUAUUGAGAAAAUCAUUGAGAUAAAGGUAUUGCAACUUUUCAUCUCGCUGACUGUACGGACUGUUAAGCUAAGAAAGAAUUACGUGGUACGUUUGCUCUCGAUACGGCACGGACGCUUUUUCGAUGCAAUUCGGAAUGCAGCCAAUUCGCUUCGACAGAAUCUGUUUUUUUUAAAUAAUAUCCGGAAAUUAAAUUUCCAUAUCUCUCGCGGUUGCGUUCCGAGGUGUAUUAUUGAGAAAAAUGUUCAAGCCGCCUUGAAACUAAGCGUGCGACGCAAUUAAUGCAAACACGGACGUAAAGUAUUUGACACAUUUUUUUUCUAACGGAAGAAUUUGUUCUUGAGAAAUUCUCAGAAGGUAGGGAGAGAGAGAGAGAGAGAAAAAUUUUCUUAUUAAUAAUAAAUACUUACUAUUAUUUAUUAUUAAAUGCGUUCCGGAGUGUAUCGAGAUAAGAAAUUGUAUCAACCUUGAUGUCCGCGAUCGCGUGCUGAUAUCGUAUAACAUAUACAUGUACACACACAUACAUCCUAUCUAUAUAAUAUGAACAAUAGCUUUUUUCUUCAAAAAUUCGAAACCCCCCUAAACUUGAUACGAUAAGAUAAUUCCUGUCAUCGUGUCGAUAUUUCAGAUUUAUCACAGCUAUUAUGACGAAGUACAUUACGCUCCUCCUGCUUGGAAAUGAACUUUUAACAAUCUUUGACGAAUUACCGACCCAGCUCGCGUAAAUUUAGACGCGAUUAAAUUUUCCGCGAUUGUACUUCGAACUCGACAACUUAGUGUACUUCGAACUCAACCUGUUGUAUCAUCGUGUUGUUGGUAGAAUUCGCUACUUGUUGCUCGCUGUGCACACUUUACUCGAUAACGUCAUAUUUGGCGGUGUUUUCAUCAUACGGACACACACACACACACACACACACACACACAUAUGUACGUACAAUUCGCAACACGAUACCACAACGGUGUCGCAUAUCUCACUCGAAGAUUUUUACUAUCUUAGACUAAUCACAUAAUCGUCGUUAUCUGCUUCAAAAACGAUGCAUACCAUUGGUAGACGAUAAGUGCACCGAGACCGGUGGUGGGGAUUCUUUGUAAAUUCAUCGUGCAGCCGCCGUAAAAUUGUCGUCGUUAAAGCACGGCAGAAGCCGUGUCGCUUCUUAUAUUUCGACAGUGACGGCGCGACCAGUGAAACCGUGAGCUUGCCCGGAUAAUUUCGUUUGUGUGUAACUUUGUAUGAGGAAUAAAACGCGAGAGAGUGUUUCCCUCCGGUGAAGUAUAUUGCCGACGCACGUGGUGAUCGAGUCGCGUGACACAUGUGAAACACAUCGGUCUAAAGUAAGGUACACAGCUAAGCUGACGAGCAUCCUUUAUUCGCGUGCACAAAAGCGACACGAAGCGAUACGACGAAGUGGUCUGCAAAAGAUCUCAGCAUACAUCUGAGCUCUCGCGUCACACAUUGGAAUUUCGUUGAUCGGGCAACUGUCAGAUUCAACGAGUAUUAUUAAACAUACUAUCUCUGCAUAAACUCGACGUUUAAGAAAUUGGUUGUGCAGUUUUCGUGUCAGUGUAUGCUCGCAUAUUCGUCUCGGACGCUUGAUGAGGCGAAUCGUCUAUCUUUCAAGAUCAGACCAAAAGCAGCCGGACGACGAGCACGAUGCUUCGCGAAUGUGCGAUGCGAUAAUAAAAACAACCGAUAGAUUCGGAUCAGGACGAUUGGGCAGCAAUUAGCGUAUCGCCCUGAUAAUUUGAUCGUACUUCUGAGAAAUCGCCGAAGCGAAC